AAUGUUGGACAUUGAAACAGGAAACGCCGAAAAACGAACACGAUUUCAAGUGAAUCCUGUUGAUAGCGUUACAUUAGCGCAUUAUGUUAGAGGUAACCGUUAUCGUGGAACAGACUCGCUACGUGAAAAUGGUUCAGUUUCUCUUACGACAGACACUAACCUGUCCGUUUCUCCAGAUAAUAGUUCGUCGCCUUCUUCUGAUGUAUCUGGAAAUGAUUCGAACCCCGGAAAAAGUUUUCGUCAUUUUACAAGAGAAGUUCUUCCAAGACUCGAAAAUUAUCGAAAUGUGAUGUCAAUACACGCAGCCUCCAGACCGACUCUUGACGAGUUGCACAAUGCUACUGUUCAGGGAGAGGGCAAGGGAAUAGAACAAUUUGUUGGUGCUUCGACCGAAGACAUGAAAGUUCCAGUUAAAUUUGGAUGGAUUCAAGGAGUCCUGGUUCGCAAUCUUCUCAGCAUUUGGGGAAUAAUGUUGUUUCUGCGCCUUUCAUGGGUUGUAGGCCAAGCAGGGAUUGUGCAGGGUUUGCUAUUGAUACUAAGCACCAGUGCAGUGACUGUGAUAACAGGAUUAUCAAUGUCAGCUAUCAGUACAAAUGGGAUCAUAAAAGGAGGUGGCAUGUACUACACUAUAUCACGAUCCCUGGGACCAGAAUUUGGAGGAUCAAUUGGCCUAAUUUUGUCACUAGCAAAUGCAUUGGCAUGUGCAAUGUAUGUUGUUGGGUUUUCUGAAUCCUUAAAUGAUUUGCUCGAUUCUUAUGGUCUCUCAAUUGUUGAUGGUGGAGUGAAUGACAUGCGAAUUACAGGUGUCAUAACAGUAAUUGCACUAUUGUGCAUUGUUGUUCUUGGUAUGGAAUGGGAAGCCAAGACUCAGCUUGGUCUCCUGAUCAUCCUGAUAGCAGCCAUUCUUGAUUACACAGUUGGUUCUUUCAUUGGCCCACAAAGCAACGAAGCUAUAGCCAAAGGAUUUUUGGGAUUUAAUGCUACUUUAAUAUUGCAAAAUUUGCAUGCAGAUUACAGAGUCAGUGAUGGUGUUGACUACACGUUUUUCUCUGUUUUUGCUGUAUUUUUUCCUGCAGCAACUGGUUUUCUUGCAGGUGCUAAUAUAUCAGGGGACUUGAAGGACCCAGAAGUAGCAAUACCAAAAGGAACACUGCUUUCAAUUUUCAUAACUACUGUUUCAUACCUUUUCAUGGCAUUCAUAGCAGGAGCCACGGUUGUGCGUGAUGCAAGUGGCUAUGUGCAUGAAAUUUCAGAUCAAACCUUUUUGAAUUGUACUGGUCGAACAUGUAAGUGGGGAUUGCAGAAUAGUUUCACAGUUGUCGAACUGGUGUCAGCAUUUGGGCCUCUCAUCUAUGCAGGUUGCUUUGCUGCCUCAUUAUCUUCUGCACUCUCUAGCCUGAUUUCAGCUCCAAAAAUAUUUCAAGCUUUAGCCAAAGAUAAGCUAUACCCUUAUAUUGAAUGGUUUUCAAAAGGGUAUGGUAAGAAUAAUGAGCCUAUUCGGGGGUAUAUAUUGACAUUUGCGAUUGCUGUUGGCUUUAUUUUAACAGGUGACCUGAAUAUUAUAGCUCCACUGAUAUCAAAUUUCUUUCUGGCAACAUAUGCUCUUAUAAAUUUCAGCACAUUUCAUGCUUCUCUUGUUAAACCAAUUGGUUGGAGACCCAAAUUCAGGUAUUACAACAUGUGGAUAUGCCUCCUCGGUUCUACAUUGUGUGUAAGUAUAAUGUUCCUGAUAAGCUGGUGGACAGCUCUCAUCACCUUGGGAUGUAUUUUGGCACUGUAUCUCGUGGUCUCCUACAGGAAUCCAGAUGUGAACUGGGGUUCAUCAACUCAAGCACAGACUUAUAAGUAUGCUCUGUUAUCUGUGCAGCAACUAAAUCAAGUUUUAGAGCAUGUUAAGAACUACAAUCCACAAAUGUUAGUUCUCACUGGCAGACCAAGCCAGCGACCACCACUUGUGCAUUUUGCUCAUCUCAUUACAAAGAACUCAUCGCUCUUGAUCUGUGGUCAUAUCAUUAAGACAGCUGGAAUUGGCAAACUAAAACCAAACAUUUUGCUGGUGGGUUAUAAGGCAGACUGGCAGAACUGUGAACAACAUGAUCUCUCUAUGUACUUCAGUGUCAUACACAAGGCACUGGACAUGCAUAUUGCAGUGUGCAUCCUUAGACUGCAAGAAGGAAUCAGUUAUUCAAAUGUUCCAAGUGAGCCUGUGGAUGUCAUGGAUGGAGUCAGUGGUGAUAUUCCAGAUAGGACUUCCUUACAAGAUAAUGAAAAAUUUCAAGACUGUGCUCAACAGAAGCUGUUCUCUGAAUGUUCUCAAGGUAGCUCUGUAAAUGAACUCACAGAGCACUUGAGACAUUAUAGCAUAAGCACAUACACAGAGUUAGCUGAGGGUGCUGUGAACAUGAGAAGAGAUUCAAUAAUUAGUGCAGCUCCAUUUGAUUAUUAUGGAAGCAAAUCUACGGGCAACAAGCAAAGUGAUAGUAGAAGAGACUCACAAACAGAUUUAUUCAAGAAAUUGUCAAAAGAAACGUUAGAGAACUUAACAUUGUUUCAAAAGUUUCAGAAUAAUGGAACAAUUGAUGUCUGGUGGUUAUAUGAUGAUGGGGGUCUCACUCUCCUCUUGCCCUACAUCAUUUCAACUCGUAGUAAUUGGUCAUCUUGUAAGCUGAGGAUAUUCACAUUAGCAAACAAAAAAGAUGAACUGGAAAUGGAACAGCGAAGUAUGGCAAGCUUGCUGGCAAAAUUUCGAAUUGAUUACUCAGAUGUGAAAGUAAUAACAGAUAUAACAAGAAAACCGCAGGAAUCAACAUAUGCUUUCUUCAAUGAGCUCAUUAGUGGCUUUAAAUUGGCUGAGAAUAAUCAUAAUACUGGAGAUGGUGUGCACAUUAAGGAAGAAGAACUUAGAUCAAUGGCAGACAAAACCAACAGACAUAUUAGACUGAGAGAACUAAUGAUGGAGAACUCUAUCGAUGCUAAUUUAAUUGUUAUGACACUUCCAAUGCCAAGAAAAAAUGCUGUCUCUGCUGCACUGUAUAUGGCUUGGCUUGAAACACUAACAAACGGCAUGCCCCCAUUCUUACUGGUUCGGGGUAACCAGUCAUCAGUUCUUACGUUUUACUCAUAGAUAACAGUGGUUUACACACUAAACAAACAUGCUGAGCAUGUUAAGAAACAAAAUGUGAAAAGUUUUAGCUAAGCUGGAACUGGCUAAGUCAUCCUUUAUUUGUAUAACUGUGUAGUAUUGACAGCCUAUAAACAAGAUGGGAUAUUGUGGAUGCAGCAAAUGUUAUACAGAGCUUUUAAAAUGGUUCACCUUUUAAUCAAUUCAAUGAACAAAUGCAGUCAGGACCAUACUGUUGUUGUAAGAAGUGAAAGUGGGGAGAAUGGUUUGCUUUGCAUAUUGGAUUUACACACAGGAAUCCCUAACAUCAAUUAUAUGGCUUGAAAGUGAAAUAUAAACAUUAUAUAGGAAUGUCUGUCUGAGACUAGUCAAGUACUGUUUUAUAAUUAGUUGUGUCCUGUGCAUGUUGGUAAUUUUACAAUGUCGGAACCUGUUUUCAUCUGUAAAUGGAAUUAUGGAAUUUAAACUCUGUGUUCCUAAA